AUGCAUGUAGUCUGGAAACGAGUUUCGGAUCCGCCGGAUAUUGCGAAAGGACUAAUCAAAUGCGCCAUUGCCUAUUUUCUGGGUUCGUUAGCGACAUUCAUCCCGUUCAUCUCCGACUUGUAUGGGAAGAACGACGGAAAACAUGUCGUUGCGACCGUCGCGGUAUACUUCCAUCCUAGUCGGUCAGCGGGUGGUAUGGCCGAGGCGACAUUCUUCGCGUUCGUCGCAUUGAUGUUUUCGUCGUCUGUUAGUAUUGGAAGUAUGAUGACAGCUGUAUUCUUCUCCGAGCUGGAUAUGCCGACUUUGGGGCAUCUUACCGUACUCUUCGUCUGGUGCGGAGGUGCUGUGUUUGCGAUUGCGUACGCGAAGCAACGACUCCAGAAUUCGACGUUCAGUACUGCUUGUUCGCUGAUGUCCAUGGUCAUCUUCGUCAUGCUCACCAAAGAAGGUGCAGUACAACUGUCCACUUUCCGGUUGGACAAAAUCAUGCAAUACUCGGCCAUCGUGUUCACUGGUGUCUUGUGCUCCCUCGUCGUGAGUCUGAGUGUCUGGCCAGUCGAGGGACGGAAGAAGUUACGACAUGACAUGAUCGUUACCACGGAUUCCUUUGCGGAGAUGUUGACAAUGAUUACCCAGAGUUUCUUGUUGUCGAGUGACAUGGACGUCUCGCAUCCCUCCUUCCGGGUCGCAAUGACGAAACAUCGAGCGUCCUUUGCUUCAUUGGCGAAGAACCUCAAGGAAGCAAAAUGGGAGUACUACAUUGCCGGAAAGGAAGAUGAGUACCAUCUCGAAGAGAAGGUAGUGAAAGUGAUGCAGCGGAUCGGACAGCACAUAUCUGGUCUGCAGAGUUCGGCUACGUUGCAGUCAACGGUGUUAAAGCAAGCUCGAGAUCGGUGGAGGCGGGAGGCGGGGGAGAAUAAUGACUGGUGUGGGGAGGAACAUGAUCCACCGACGAAAUUGGCCAGUGUUUUUGUUAAUCAUCUUGGGCCGCCGCUAAAGUCUCUGGCGUAUACGUGCAAAGCUACACUCCGGGAGCUGCCGUAUGGCCCGCCACCGAGGUAUAACGCGACCAUCAACCCGCAGUUGAUUGACAGCUUACGACAGGCGGUCACCUUAUACUCCGGCGCGCGGGAAAAGACGUUGAAACAUUUGUACGCGAACCACAUGAAAGACUUCCAAGACCAACAUUUCUCACCGAGUAUCGAGACGGAGGAGGUCGCGGCGAGUAUGGACUACUUCUCGUACAGCCUUGAAGAAUUCGCGCGCGGACUCCUUGUCUACCUCGAUGCACUAAGGGAGCUGGAGACAUAUAGGAUCAAAGCAUGUUUCCGGACUUGGCGAUGGGCACGGUUUUGGGAGCCGAGGGCGCGGGAUAUCAAGGCGCCGCCGAGGGAUGAGGAGACCGGACCGACACCUGUGCCGGGGGUACGAACGCGACGAGAUGAGCCUGUGGCGCGACGAGAAGGUGAAAGUUGGGGGUAUCGCAUCUGGAAGACAUUCGAAUGGUUCAGGAAGGACGAGGUCAAAUUUGCGACUAAGACUGCUAUGGGAGCGGUAGUCUUCGCCGCACCCGCCUUUAUCAGUGUCACGAGACCUUAUUAUGUUCAUUAUCGACUCGAGUGGGGGUUGCUUACGUAUAUGAUUGUGGUGGGUAUGACCAAAGGUGCUACGUAUAGUGCUGGCUUCUACCGGACGCUCGGAAACGCUGUCGGUGCUAUUGUGGCUAUUCUUGCAUGGCAUACAUUUGCAGGGCAUCCGGUUGGGUUGAGCCUGUUCGGUGUGUUAUUUUCGCUGCCGUGUUUUUAUCUGAUUGUGUAUUCGAAAAACCAUAACACGACGGGUCGGUUUAUUCUGCUUGGGUACAACCUGUGCGCAUUGUACGCGUACUCUAUUUCCAGGCAGGUGGACAAUGACGACGAUGAUGACGAAGGAGGCCUCAAUCCUAUCAUUACCACCAUCGCCGGUCAUCGUCUCGUCGCGGUUAUCGCAGGUGUUCUGUGGGGCACCUUCAUCAACGUCUACAUCUUCCCAAUGAAGGCACGCACUGAGCUCCGAGACGGUAUCAGCGACAUGUGGCUCCAAAUGGGUUGGGUUUGGAAGUCAGAUGCGGUUAAUCUCACACGUCCACAAGUCAGCUCGCAGGGGUUCAUGAGCUCUGCAGAUGACCAAAGCAUCGACAUCCUGGUACACAUGCAGAAGAACUUACUCAAACUCCGCGGAUUGUUGGCACAGGCGCCGAAUGAACCGAGAUUGAAGGGUCCGUUUCCUACGCAUAGCUAUGGGCGGUUGUUGGAUAUUACGCAGGAUAUGAUGGAUGCGUUUACCGCGCUCCGUGUUGCAGUAACCAAAAAUGGUCUGGAAGGGGGUAUCAACACCAUAGUUCUGGAGACGGCACAAGAGAGGAAAGAAGUAUCCGGUGCGAUUUUUCUCUACUUCUACCUCCUUGCCAGCGCUAUGCGCAUGAAGAUCGUGUUCCCCGAGGGCUUUCCGACGGCCGAAGCAGCACGAGAUAGGUUGGUUAGGAAGAUUGGGAAGUUAAGAGCGAAGGUGAAGGAUACGGAGGGGGAUGCGCUCAUGGAUGAGAAUUUGGCGCCGUUGUAUGCGUAUACGUUGGCCAGUGGAAAGGUCUUGGAUGAUCUGGAGCGGUUGGGAGCGGCAGUGAUCGAGCUUUUUGGCCGGCUGGACGCUUGA